AUUGCUUCUUGCACAUGUGGUGCAAAACCCACAGUGGGCAAUGAAAGCGAAAGUGUUUGGAGUUAGCCGAUCCUAUGGUGACUUGCAAAACAUCGACAUCAUUGAGAAUCGGUCAGUUCAGUGCAAGUCGGGUUUGCCUUCAAGAUAUCAACGGGGGAAAUUCUUGGGCAAGGGUGGUUUCGCAAAAUGUUACGAAGUUCAAGACUUGGAGACCAAGGAGACUUUCGCAGCCAAAAUUGUCUCCAAGUCCUCUGUUACCAAACCGCGAGCAUAUGCCAAACUCAGGUCCGAAAUUGCCAUUCACAAAGAACUUCAUCAUGAAAAAGUAGUCAAAUUCUACGAACAUUUCGAGGACGCAGAGCACGUCUACAUCAUGCUCGAGGUGUGCCCGAAUCGAACGUUGAAUGAAUUCAUGCGUCGUCGACCCCCAAAAAGACUUAUGGAGCCAGAGGCCAUGUUCUACGUGUACGAUCUAAUUCUGGCACUGCAGUACUUACAUCGGCGGAGAGUCAUCCAUAGAGACUUGAAGCUGGGCAACUUGUUCCUUGACAAGAACAUGAGACUCAAGGUGGGUGACUUUGGCCUGGCUGCGCAGCUGGAGUUUGUCGGUGACAAGAGACGAACCAUUUGUGGAACUCCCAACUACAUUGCACCAGAGAUCCUGGAGGGCAAACACGGCCACUCAUUCGAGGUGGACAUUUGGUCUCUUGGUGUGAUCAUUUACACCAUGGUGUUUGGACGGCCUCCAUUUGAAACCUCCGACGUCAAGACCACGUACAAGAGGAUCCGGAUGAACCAAUACAGCUUUCCUGAUUCAGUGCGCGUGUCAGGCCAGGUGAAGGAGCUCAUUGGCCAUAUUCUGCAAACAGAUCCAGUGAAGCGGCCAAGUUUGGGGAAUAUCCUCAAUUCAAGCUGGCUAUGCUCAAGCAGACUUCCUCCGGCGAUGCCUGACAGCAUCGGCCUCUGGGCCACUUCAAGAGGGCAGGUAUCGGCAGCUCAUGCUCCAAGUUUGGCUCCUGUCCUUUCUGCCCAGCAAGCUGGGUUGAAUCCAAUUUACAAUCCAAUGCCAAGUACGCCCGGCAGAUGCUAUUCAGGCCGACCGCCUGUUGCGCAGCGGGGCAACAAGGAGAACAUGGUGCCCAACUACGACGCGACAGAUUUCAAGGAAAACUGUUUCAAUGCAGGAGGAUUUGUGUCUCUGGCUACUGCACCAAACAGGACUCUCAGCUCUGCAAGGCUUGGAGACAGCGCGAGGAUCCUUGAUAGUCCUAGCAAUGGAGCUACUCUGGGUGCGCCAGGUAUGGAGGAGCUUGGAAAUUUCGGCACCUCCAGUGCAAGGCAGCAAUCGCCUCGACGGGCUCCGGAUAGAGGAAGCAGAAGCUGGUCCCCUGCAGCAAGCUUGGAGGCGGCGAGAGCACCGACUCCCCGGCAGGAAGUGGUGGAUUCUCUCAGCACGGGGCAGAAGGCUCCAGACUUCCGCCAAAGAGCUGGACUUGACUCAAGACCGCCCUCUUCCUAUCGGACCUGUGGGCAGGUCCACGGCGCAAUGCCUGAGAUCUGGGUCACCAAGUGGGUUGACUAUGCCAGCAAGUAUGGCGUAGGGUACAUCCUGUCUGACGGGUCGAUUGGCGUGUACUUCAAUGACUCGACAAAGAUCAUUCUGGUUCCGAGUGGAGAUCUCUUCGACUAUAUCACGCGCAGAACUCCAGAGAAAGCAGAGGAACGAAAUACAUACUCUUGGGAGAACUAUCCAGAGGAGAUUAAAAAGAAAGUCAUUCUGCUUCGCAAUUUCAAGAACUACAUGACGACAGACGCUCUCGAACGCAAGGAUGGUGCUUCAACAGGAAUGUCAAGCUUGAAGCCACCUAGUGCCAAGGCCAGUGCAUUUGGUCAAGUGCCUUUUGUCAAGAAGUGGACUCGCAACAAGCAUGCCAUCAUGUUCCAGCUCAGCAAUAAGAUCGUUCAGGUGAUUUUUUUUGACAAGACAGAAGCGGUGCUGUCUUCGAAGUUGCACACUGUGACCUACGUUGACAAGAGGGGUCAGGUGCAGUCCUAUCCUCUCACCAACUCUUUCGAUGUGCCAAGCCCAGAGCUUGCCAAGCGACUACGCUACACGAAGGAUAUUCUGGUGAAUCUUCUGGGCUCACGACUACCCUCUGGACUUCCAAGCGUUUUCGCAGCUGCUUCCACAUAGGCGUGGUGCCUUUGAGGCUGUGUUGCUUGUUUGAUUUAACGCGACUGGAUGACUGAACAUAUGUGAAAUAUGUGAAAGUUGCAAUAAGUUGCAACACCUCAAUUGCAAUUCAUUUGCAUGGGCACAAGCCAUGAUGCAAUUCGAGCAGUUUUUUUUGAUGAUUUGAGUAGCAAAUCUUUACUCUGGUCCAGAAAAGAGG